UUUUUUUUUCUCUUUCUAUUCAAUGGAUUCGAUCGGCAGUCGUUGAUCUUCCCACCUCCUCUCCAUUCAGACCGGGGGUUUUCCCUGAUUCUGUGGUCUAGCCCUUGUGGUAAUCAAAAAGUAAAAACAGACAUAGCCUUGACAUGGGCUCCGUCGUCGUCAACCACGUGCCGUCGGAUCAUAACGACAUGUUGGGAGGCGCAAUCAAUUCGGAUUCAGUUUAUUCUUUCCAGCCAAUGGACACUCACUCGGCUUCCUCCACCCCCACCUCUACUGCCCCACCGUCCGUAGGCUCUGCUCGGCUUCCUGUGCAUGCGAAUGAUGUACCGGCUUACAUCAACUCAUACACACCUUCUCAAGCCUCCCGCGCUUCUUCCGAUACUCCCACCUUCACCCCACGUCCGCCCUCGAUGACGUCCCAUCCGAGCCAUGCCUUUCCGUCGGACUCUUACUCCUCAACACGUACCCCACCAACCCAGAGCGAGAGCAACUCGUACUCUUCUAAUCAGUCAGCGCCGGAUUCACCGCGUCUCCAACCCACAUACCAGUCCAUGCAGUCUGUGCCAGGCUCCGAAGCCAAUUCACCGAGUCGCAUUCGAGUCCAAAGCUUGUCCCAUAUCCAGAGCCUCGCCAGUGAGGACUUGGUGGGAUCGCGGAGCUCACACACUCCCGGAACUGGGUCGCAGCAACGACAGUAUGAGAUUAGCUCCAUGCCGGUCACGGAGAUCAUCGAGAUGGUCGCUGGACUCCUGACCAAAAUCACGACUACAAACGAUAUGCAUCACGAACAUGUACAUCGCCAUAUCCCGCCACCCGAAGGCACCUCCAACCUUAGCCCUCAGGCUACCAGCGUACUCGCAUUCCACGGAAAGAAUGUCCCGACCAUUACAAUCUUGAGUUAUUUGACUCGUAUCCACAAAUACUGCCCUACAACCUACGAGGUCUUUUUAAGCUUGCUGGUCUACUUCGACCGCAUGACCGAGCUGGUCAACCGUGAUCAGCUCGACCACCUGCACCAACGCUGGGAUUCUGGCGAGGAAUCUGGAUCUUCAUCCGCAUCUACCGAGUCUCCACGAGCCCACCAGAUGCAGGACUCUCUAAUGACGACACCACCCCCAUCAACAGGCUUUACUGCGCAGGACUCGCAAGGGGCGAAUACAAUUUCGCCCAGCCUUUCACUUCAGUCGGAUGCCGAGGCACUUUCACAUUUCUUCGUCGUGGAUAGCUUUAAUAUCCAUCGACUGGUCAUCGCUGCCGUAACCUGUGCGAGCAAGUUCUUCUCUGAUGUUUUCUACACCAAUUCACGUUACGCAAAGGUUGGCGGUCUCCCACUGGUGGAGCUCAAUCACCUGGAACUACAGUUCCUCCUUCUGAAUGACUUCCGACUCGCCAUCACCGUCGAAGAACUAGAGUCGUACGGGACAAUGCUCGUAGAAUUCUACGCGCGAGAGGUUGUGACCCAACAACAGCAACAGCACAGAAGUCUUCCCCGCGCGAUUGAUCCCCCAGCGGCCGACGCGAACUCCGAUGCCAUGUACAUGCGAUCCCGCGAUAAGCCUCGCGACCACGCCGAGUUCGGACAAACUCCGACACCACCGUAGUCCAUCCGUCCGAUACCUGAGUUUGUCAUUCUACGUGGCACAUUUCUUUUCUUUUCCCCAGUCCAUGAUCCACCCAUCUUAUCUUUUCAUCUUUUUUGCUAUCCUUCGACCCGCUGAGCGUUUGCUUAUCUCAUAUCUCGCACUCGACCUUGUAUCCAUUCUGGUUUCUGGCGUCUCAUACCCUUUCCCCCCGCCACCUCAUACAAACACACCCUUUCCACCUCUCUGGAUCUGUUUCAGCGCAUUUACACGUCACGACUUGUAUAGAGUUUUGGUUCUCAGCUGGCCGGGCUUUGCGGGUUGUCUCUUUACAACUAUUCCCCCUUCUUGCAACAUACAUAAACAUCUACUUGAUCUUGUUAUUGGUCUUGCGAGUUUGUGCUGUCUUGUCUUGUCUUAUCUUUUUCAUGGGUUGGUGUUAUGCUGGCGCUUUUCUUGCAUCACGAGUUUGUUUACAGAUUAACUUGUUUAGGGCUAGUCUCGAAUAUUCUUCUAAUAUGCUUUGCUUGC